AUGAUCGGCCUUGGUACGUGUAACUAUUUGCGAUCACGGACUAAAGAAAAUCGCCAGGCUAAGCCUUAUUGCCAGUGCUGGGGUAAAAAGGAACCCAUGUUGUGGGAUCAGUUAAGAGGCUGCGGAUGUGGAGAAGAAAAUGACGUUAGCGAAUGGAAAUGGGAGCAGAUGAACACAUCGCCUUCCAGCUGGGUUUUGUUGAGUGAUGACAAGAGGCAAGUCACAUUUCACCCAUUCUACAGUUCUGGGACAGCUGUGGCCAAGGGUGAUACCCCGUUUCUACAUAACAACCAUUAUUAUUGGGAGAUUAAGAUCCUAACUGAGACUUAUGGUACAGAUGUUAUGAUUGGAGUCGGUACAAACAAAGUAAACAUGACAGAUUCACACUUCGAGUUCAUGUCUCUCCUUGGACGUGAUGAGGAAUCCUACGGCCUUUCCUACACUGGUGCUGUAAGGCAUAAUGCAAUGAGUUCAAAGGACUCUCCUGGCUUCUGCAAGGGAUCUAUUGUUGGUGUUCGCCUUGACAUGUGGAGAGGGACUCUGGAGUUUUAUUUGAAUCGGAAAGCGCAGGGCGUCUCCUUCUACAACCUGCGCCGCCACCCCAUACUCUAUCCCAUGGCUAGUUCCACCGCAGCGCAGUCCUCCAUGCGUUUGAUAUACGCUGCUUCGUGGCGAGCAUCUCUGCUCGUCGACGCGGCCAAGAUCCUUGCCGCGACGGUCAGACGAAAGAACCUACCACCUGGUCUCCGGUACACCGCCAGCUCUCAGUUCUGGUUGACGCUGCCGUCUGAUGGAUGUGAAGUCAGCGACGAUGAAGAACAGUCAGAAAUGGUAGAAUUAGAUUCGCCCAGACGCCUGCCCAAUAUUAAUCGUACCUCCCUAUUAUCUGGCAUGAAAAGGCGCUAUGGACUGAAGGAACCCAUGAAAGCCAUUGCAGUGCGUUCACACAACAUUUGA